ACUACCGAGGUGGUUGCACGCCGUCCGCGCCGCCCACCGCCAAACCAUCCCUUAUGCCAUAACCUCGUUAACUUGAGUGACGUAAAGCAUUCUUAUAACUAACCGUGUAUAGUGAACGACAAUCGGGGACGUGGCAUCGCUACUUUUAAAACAGUGUCCGCGAACCUUUUAAAGAUAACCUUGCUCGCUGCAUUUAUUAUUCAGUGGCUGCGCUAAGCUAUAGUCAGGAUGGCGCCCUUUACAGGUAACCAUGAAGAUCCCCAACGUCAACGAUAACGGAAAUGUGGUUGAGGAUGAUGUAAACGUAAUAUCUGAGGAUAUUAACAACAUAAGUUGGUUAGGUUCAAACAAUAUAGAAUCAAAAAUAAACAAUAGUGUAGAAGAAAACAUUCAAUUCAACUUAAACCGUAACAUAUAUUCUCCUGAUAUUGUAGAGAACAGAACAUUAAGUUCAAAACCACUAAAUAAAGAGGAAAACGAACCUAUUGUAUGUAACAUACAAUAUAGAUUAAAUCAUAAGAAAAUAGAAUAUUCACAUAUUAGUAAGGAAAGCGUGGAAAAAAGAGAGCAGACAAAUUUAUGUUGCCAAGAGAGUUCCACUGUCGACGCUAAUGUGUCAACAAAUACAACACCUGCUGAUGAAGAACGAGCUUUCGAUCUUUCGGACUCUGAUGAAAUGUCUGAAAAGAGUAUACAUCCCGUGCCUCGUGGAAUCGUAAAUCCAAACUAUCCCGGCUUUCAGCACUUAGCUCAUACUUUACAGGAAUAUUCGUCAAAUAUUGAGCCCUACUAUCAUUCGGAAAAUGACAUGACGGACGACGAUUUGGAUGCAGAUAUUAUUGAAUCAAAUUAUAAUGUUUCUAAGCAUUUUAAUAAUGAACAACUUAAGGGAGAUAAUAAUAAUGAAGAAAUUAAAUGCGUUGAAAAAGAAAAUGUAAACAAAGAACAGGAGAUAAAAAAAUCUAUAUGUACUUCUAGAAACGACAUUCCAGACCUUUUAAAAACUAUAUCACAUAAUAAUAAUAAUGUCGAUUCAGCAAACUAUGAUUUCAAUUGUUCGACCACUGAUAUAGAAAACAAUUUUCACACAACGGAUAUCAUAGGUGACUUUAAUAAGGAAGUUGAAGAUGAAAUAAGACACUUAUUGAACUACAAUAUAAAUAUCGAAGAUGAUUUAGAAGAACUUAGAAAGGAUAUAAAAGAAACUUUUGUGAAACCAAUAGAAACCACAAUUAAUAAUAUAAGUGACGUAGUAAAUCACGUUAUAAAAAAGCUAGUAGAAAACGACGGUUACGAUAAAAACGACACUGUGUCACCAGACCUUGUCAAUGACCAUGAAAUGGAAGACGUUACUAAUAUCAAUAAAGAAAAUGAAUGUAAUACAAGGACCGAAAUGAAUAUAAGUAGACCAACAUUUUUAUUAAUCGAUAAUAAUGUUGGAAACAAAAUAACUGAUGCUAUUUUGUCUGAUGGAAAAGAUGAAAUUAAUAUUUACGAGGAGGAAUACGACACGGAACAGCUGAGUCAUAAUGUUGAAAACACAAUUAAGCAAUUAAGUACUGAGCUAAGAAAAAUUAUCCCAAAACUGAAUGAAAUGCGAGAACGCGAUAAACUAUGGGCUGAAAAUAAAAAAGAUAUACCUGUUAUUACUGAUGGAAAUUCGAAUAAUAUACUACCUUGCUCCUCGAAUCGUAAUUGUGAAACAAGCACACGAUCCCGUCAUCAUGAAGAUAGUAUCAAAAGGAGCACACAAAAUAAGCUAAUUUCCAAAGUUAAUCAACAUUCUAUUAAGACUUAUGUUGAAUCAAAAGUUAGACAGAAUUUUACAAAAACUGUACCAAAAUGUCAAAAUGCGUCCGUCCGUAAAAACGAUCAGAUUGAAUCAGAUUUGGAUAGUUUCGAUGUAUAUAAUAUUGAAACAGCGUUGCCUAAGUUAGAUUUUGAUACAAUCGAAAGCCACCUAAGAGCAGCUAAAGAUGCUGAAAGACGUAAACGCAAUGACAGAGAAGAGAUCAGGAAAAGAUUGGCCAUGGGUGUUGAUACUGAUGAGUAUUAUAGUUUAGGUCAUAUAGAUCGACCGGGAAAGAAACCCAGCUUACAUUCAAGACUACAAAAUGGGAAAAAUCUACAAAUAUGUUUUAUGAACGAAACUGCAUCUGACAAUGAAUCUCAAACGUCAGAUAUUGAAAGAAAUUUCAACUGUAAUAGUAAAAGUUCUUCAAGAUCAAGUUUAUUUAGCAAGAACAAUUUCAAUCAUCCGUACCAAACGAGACCACUCUCAGUAAAUAUUACAAAACAUGAGAAAAAUACAAAUACUCAAAGUGGUGCAAAGACACGUCCGACAUCUCUAAUGCUUAAAUCUUCUAAGUCACGAUCAACACAAUCCCUCGGUCAAAUUGAAUUUAAAGAGUCAGAUUUUUUUGCUUUACAAGCAACACUUCAAACAGAAGCUAGGAUAGCAUUGGCUCAGGCUAAAGAAAUGGCUCGUAUACAAAUGGAGCGCGAGCGUCGCACGCGCGCCGUGUCGCCGGUGACGGAGAUGUUGCGUCGCAGCAUGGAGAAGGCGAGCGCGCCGCUCGCGACCGACCGGCGCCGCGUGUCGCGACAUCUGCUCACCGACAUGAACAUCGCACAGUUGCAGGUGAUAGUGAACGAACUUCACUCCCAGAUCGAGGCUUUGAACGACUCACUAGUGAAGUUGCUGAUGGCUCGUGACGAACUUCACAUGGGACAGGACUCCAUGCUUGUGGAUAUUGAAGAUCUCACCCGAUACUUAGGUGUUAAAGAGCAGACGAAGAAGACCAAAGGCACUACUAAGUCCGGAGUCAAGAGGCUCACGUCUUUAGUGCACAAAUAAAUACACGAUAUAAUCUUAGCUACGUUUAUUUCUAUUUGUUAAUGUUAAUAUUGGUCUCUAAUUGUAUUGCCUUAAUCAUGUUUAAUCAAUUAUAUUAAAAAGCUAUCGACUCUUAUACUUCAAGAAAUACAUUGACAAUGUAAUAGUUUCAAAACAUCAUACUGAAGGUAGUUACGCAGUCUCGACGUAAGGCGUUUGAAUAAAUAUAUCAUAAAUUCCAUAUACAUACAUACAUAUAUGUUUAUAUAUAAUAUUAAAUUAGCUCCAAUAUAGUACAAUUCAUGUCUUGUAAUUAAAUAAAGUUAAUCUGAAUCGAUGGAACUUAUUGUGUUUAGGGAAAUUUACUUUAUUAUUGUUGAUUUGUUAUUAUAAUGUUUCGUCACGUUUUGAUAAAAUUUAAUUCAUUCUUAAAACACAAUACGUCAAGUCUGGGCGGUAAGAGAAUGCAUUUGUGACGGGUCCGUGAUUGAAUGGACGACGAAGAAUUACGUUUAAAUAACAAUAACAUUAAAAACAUUAAAAUUACGUCAACUUACAAGUAAUUUUAAUUAAAUUAUAUUUAACGUUAUCGCGCAAAAUUGUGUCAAAUGUUUAUGUUCGUAUGGUAUCACUAAUCAUGAUCAACUGACUGACGUCAGGAAAGCAAUCUCUCAACGGCCGGACUUAAUAUCACUAUAAUUAAAUGUACCUGCGGUAUUUGUAUUAGCAAUAUCUUAAGUGCCAUUAAGUACGUACAGACUGGACCCGCCAUUGUACCGCAUGUGUGUUUGAACAUUAUUGUCAUCAACAGUGAUUGGAAUAGAUGCAAUACAUUAAAUACAAAGAUAUUCGGGAUGCCGGAUUUUCUGGAAAUUUAAUGUUAAGUAAGCUUGCAAAAUCAACAAUUAGUAAUUUCCAAACGAUUUCGAGAUCGUAGAA